UGAGCGCUGGGCUGGGGCGAUUGUGAAUUCUCCUCGCGCCCCUCGUCAGUUCCCAGCCAAGCGGAUCCCGUGAUCGUGCGGGAUCCGGCCGCGGGGGCGCCCUGUGCGUGCCAGCCUGUGUGUUUGUGUGCGUGCGUGUGAGUGUGUGAGAGGGAGAGAGGGGGAAAGCAGGAGGGAGGGGGACCGAGAGACAGGCAGCCACCUCUCGGCACCCGACUGCGGCAUCACUGCCCGAUCGAAGCCCCCCAGGACAAAAUCGCAAACUUCUGGAUGGGGCCUUCCGCGAUAGAGACCCAUCGUCGCUUGGGGGUCGCGUAGUCACCGGCCCUUGAAGAAGAUACCCUCCCUUAAGAAAGAGGGAACGGGUGACAUCCCAUCCCAACUCCCAGCCACCGCUUGGAAGGUUGGAGCGAGAAAAAAGGAGAGAUAACUAAGAAUAAAAAGCAGGAAAGCGAUGCAGGUGCGGUGGAAGAGCCAGGAUCUCAAGGCUCCGGUGGGAUUCUAACAGCAAGGUCCUUGCGCUGCAUUUGGCCAGUGGCUCCCCCUGUCACCUAGGAUGAGUAACUGCAGCAGCCGCGCCCUGACCCUGCUGUCUAGUGUUUUUGGAGCGUGUGGACUGCUCCUGGUGGGCAUCGCCGUCAGCACUGACUACUGGCUGUUCAUGGAGGAAGGGAUUGUGUUUCCGCAGAACCAGACCACCGAGAUAGUCAUGGCACUGCACGCUGGGCUCUGGAGGGUCUGUUUCUUUGCCGGUCAGAAAAAGGGCAGUUGUGUUGCUUCCGAGUACUUCCUAGAGCCCAGGCCUGACCCUGACCCUGAAGGCCCCCUCGUAACGGAGAACACAGAAAACAUACUUAAGACCAUCCGCACAGCCACCCCUUUCCCUAUGGUCAGCCUCUUUCUCGUCUUCACAGCAUUUGUCAUUAGCAACAUCGGACAUAUCCGCCCCCAGAGGACCAUCCUGGCUUUCGUUUCAGGAAUCUUCUUCAUCCUCUCUGGGCUCUCUCUGGUGGUGGGCUUGGUACUGUACAUCUCCAGCAUCAACGACGAAGUGAUGAACCGCCCCAGUGGCUCAGAGCAGUACUUCCAAUACCGCUACGGAUGGUCCUUUGCCUUUGCUGCUUCUUCCUUCUUGCUCAAAGAGGGCGCAGGGGUGAUGUCUGUCUACCUCUUCACCAAGCGCUACGCUGAGGAGGAAAUGUACCGCCCUCACCCAGCCUUCUACCGGCCACGCCUGAGUGACUGCUCCGACUACUCCGGCCAGUUCUUGCACCCCGAAGUGUGGCACCGUGGACGUAGCCCCUCCGACAUCUCCAGUGACGUUUCCAUCCAGAUGACUCAGAACUACCCACCAGCCAUCAAGUACCCUGAACAUAUGCACAUAUCCACCUCACCUUGCUAGACGCACCAGAGAACGAGCUGGACAAGGAAGCCAGCUUUCGCUUGCAGACUAUAUCGUUCUACCCCAACCUGCCUAGGAGACUCCCCUACCAGUGUGGGUUGUCUUCCCCUCUCUAAAGACUCUUUACCACCUACUCUGCUAGAAAUGUUCUCUCUCUCUCUCUCUCUCUCUCUCUCUCUCUCUCUCUCUCUCUCUCUCGUGGGAACUAUUCAACCAACUUUUGAGAUUGCCAGUGCCCCCCUCACCUCCCCUUCCGCCCUCUUGGAAACUGUCCUUAUUUCCUUGCUUCCCUGGGAAACUACCAAUUUGAAAAGCCCACCCCUCAAAACUCAAGUCAUGCACACACCUUGUUCAUUCUCCACAGAGCAGCGGAAAGAAGAGAUAUAUCUCCCAGUUCAGUUCUGCUGCCUCAGAAUACUUCUCCUUUCACUCAGGUGGUUGGAAACCUUAGUGGAAAAUAACUCGUGAAGCAUGUUCCCCUCAACCUUCUCCCUGAAGAGGUUUCGACAGCAAGCAGGUUCAAAACCAUCUGCAUUUUUCAGAUCUUGUGAGAGGAAGAUGCCCAGAAGCCAUUUUCUCCCAUCAAUCCAAUUCCUGAAAGGAGAGGGCUCAUUGCCAACAUCUCCCUCUGUCAAAACAACAACGAAGAAACAAAACUAGCUUGACAAGAAGUAAUUGCUUUACCAUUGUCAUCAUUCUCUAGUUUCCUGACUAUAAACGACAUCUCCUUGACAUUUUUACCUCCAUCCUUCAAAGGCCCUAAUUAUUCAGGCUUAUCUACCUGACAACAGCCAUCCUUCCAUCCCAGCUUCUUAGGUGAUGACAGGAAAUACAUUAGACUGCCAUCUUGGUUCAACCAAAAAUGACCAGGUAAAAUGUAGUGCUAUAUUUUCCAUUCCCCUUUUCAUCUUGCCGGUUUGUGACAUAGCUCUACAAAUACUGCUAUGUUUAUUUGUCUCAAAACAACUAGCCCUGAGAGAAAUACUCUAUUCAGUUUAUUUCUACCAAUAUCUCAAUCUCAGUCAACCAAAUUAUAGCAUGAAACUGUUCCCUUGCCGUUCUUCUGUGCCCUAAAUGUCCUCCUCCCUCCCCAACACGCACACACAAACCUGCUCCCUCUGUGCCUCAUUCUUGCCUUCUAGGUUCUUACAGGAAAUGACUAAUCAUCAUUUUUGUAUGCCCACAAAUGACCAGCUUGGGCACCAAUCCUGUAGGUUUCAUUAUUCUCUCAGGCACUUCCCCUUGGAACCCAACAGCAAAGUGCUGCACCACCAUUUGGGGUUGGCUAAAAUAAGGCCUUUUCCUGUCAGGAAAUGUGCACGCCCCCACUCCCGUUUCUGUUCUUAUUGUUGAAGAAAAUAGUCUGACAUCUAAAUUUUC